AUGUUGGUGGUGCUCACGGGCAAGCCUGCCACAUAUGAGGAUGACACAAACCACUCCAGGGGCAUCCUCAAAUGGGUAUGCACACCUUUCUCCCUCCACCUUCCUCCUUCCACUUUCUCCCUCGCUCCACCUUCUCCCCCUCUCCCCCUUCUCAUCUUCCCUCAAAAUAAUCCGGCCUCUUUCCUGCACCCUUUCUCCGCUAUCAAUACCCUUCCCCUACCUCCUCUCACCUCCUUCCACCUCUCCCCACCCCGUUCCACCACUCACUCUCCCCCCCAACACCCGCAGGUCCAGGAGAAGCUGGGCCAGGGGGGUUCUAUCGAAGAAAUCGCAGAUGCGUGCAUGGGCCCCGUCCCUCCAGACGCGCUGCAGCGCAUCACAGACCUGGCCAUGCGCUGCACUGCCACCUUCACUGCUGACCGCCCCUCCAUGGGCCGCAUUGCCCAGGAGAUGGAUGCGCUGCGUGGUGAGGUGGGCGGUGGGGAGGAGCAGCAGGUGCACAAGGCGUACGAGGUUGUGGAUGCUGAGCUGAGGGCGAGGAUGCAGCAGCAGCAGAAGAUGAGUGAGCAGAGUAUGGACUCUUUUCUUGAUUCGAUUCACUCGGGGAAGAUCGGGAGCAUGAGGGACACGGGGGGGAUGAGCACGGGUGAUGCCUCUAAUGUGUGA